GAGUGCAUCAAACCACAUUCAUCCACCAUUCGAAACAACUUGGUCAUACACCAAUCCAAAUAACGAAAAUGAACUCAUCAAUUAUCCUGAUUCUGGGCGUGAUGGCUGCAGUGGCAAAGGGUCAACUGUAUUCCCAUGUGAUAACCGUUGGGGCAGGUCAUGGUUUCGCAAGUCCGGGUGUGGUUUACAACCCGGCGGCCGCGGACCCCAGGCAUUUGGCCCAUAAAGCGGUCGUCGAGAAUGCCGCCGUCGAGGCGCAACUCCCCCAUGAACUAAUCAAUCCGUUCUACAAGAAUCCCAGGAUCGCUGCCGGUUUGGCCAAGGAGUCCUGGUUUGGCGAUAAGGAAUUCCCGGUCUUCAACAGGCAAGCGGACAAGAUUCCCAGGGAGGAGAUCGCCAAAAUUGUACGCAGGAUCCAACACCAGAGGAGAUGAACGGUGAAUCUUCAGCAAUUUUAUUAAAAAAAAGGACAAAGUGAUUCCUACAGGAUUCAGUGAUAAUGGACGAUGACGAAUUAGAUUUAAUCCUUCUUCGUCCAUUGACAUAAUUUUCUGUUCUCUUACUUUUGUUUUCUUCAACAUACUACGUUUGUUUCCCCCCUUCGUUGUUGUACAUAAAUAAACGCCAUAUUAUAUAAUAUUUAUUCUAGAUCUG